UUGUAAACAAAUUGAAACGUAAAGAAACAAAAAAACAAAAAAUUAAAAAAAUGGUUGUUCCCAAUUCAAAUCCUUUGGAAACUAAAUUAUUUAAACUUAUGAGCGAUAAAGACAAAUUAGAAACUCAAAUAAAUACCUAUGGUGUUAUUUUAUCUCAAAACGACAAUGUUGGCAUGACUGGUCCUUUAAUUGAUACCGAGGGAUUUCCCCGCAACGAUAUCGACGUCCAUCAAGUCCGUCAGGCAAGGCAACAAAUUAUUUGUCUUCAAAACGAUCAUAAAGCCUUAAUGAAAGAAAUUGAAAAAUUAAUGCAUGAAUUACAUGCUGAGGCCAAACAAGCCCAUACUUCCCAACAAUUGUCCCACAAGGCGGCAGGCAUGGAUUUGAACAAUAGUUCUUCAGAUGAUUCCGAGGAAAUGUCGGAUGCAUUGCCACAAAAGCCCUUUUUAAAAGUGAAGAAUGUGUCAGUAGGAUCGCCGGCUGAAGAAGCUGGGCUUCGCAUUAAUGACGAAAUAAGUGAAUUUGGAUCAGCAAAUGCUAAUAAUUUCAAUAAAAAACUUGAAACUAUUGCAAAUAUAGUUAAACAUAUGCAUGAUCGUCGUAUACCUUUAAAGGUUCUGCGCAAUAAUGAAAUUUUAAAUUUAAUAUUAAUACCACACACUUGGUCUGGACCCGGCUUGUUGGGCUGUAAUGUGGAUCUCUUUGAUAAUUAAAAAUUAAUUUAAAAAAAAAUGUAAAAAAGAGGAAUGGUUGAAAAUAUUACUUGCCUUUUUCAGUUUAUUAAUAAAGGUCUUUUAAUUCAAAAA